AUGCAUACCCUUUUUGCCAAGACUGCUGGCCAAGACGGCAGCACCUUCACCAAGACCAUCCACAAGACAACCUAUCCGACCAUCGACCCUGCCCGCCCAGAGCUGUCUCAAGCUGGUCGGACGGUCGUGAUCACUGGUGGUUCUGCGGGAAUUGGCUUCGCCAUCGCGCAGGGCUUCGCCCAGGCCGGUGCCAGGCACAUCAUCAUCCUGGGCCGGCGCCAGAACGUCCUCGACGAAGCGGUGUCGCAGCUUCACAAACAGUACGCUUCUGUGAAGAUAGAUGGCCGUCAAUCUGAUGUAGGCAAUCUUGACGAGACGGAUGCGCUUUGGAAGAGCUUCGAGAACGAUGGCAUCUUCGUUGACGUGCUAGUCCUCAACGCCGCACUUGUCUCGGCUGGUAGCCCCAUUCUGGAGCUGGGUCGCGAUGAGGUCUGGAGCCAGUACCUUGUAAACGUGCGAUCCCACCUCGACUUUACUGAGAGGUUCUACAAGCAAAAAGGAGGCGAGAAUCGUCAAAAGUUCCUUGUCAGUCUCUCGACAGAAGCUGCCCAUAACUUUGCCAGGGCGUCUCUUUGGCCCGCGUACAGCACGACCAAGAAUGCGGGCACCAUGCUCCUGCAACGGAUCGCCAAUGAUACACCUGCCGAGAAGAUGCAAAUCAUCAACUUUCACCCUGGUGUGGUUUACACGGAUGUCUUCAAGCCUUUUGUUCCCAGAGAUAUCUACCCAUUUGAUGAUGAAAAGCUGGGCAGUCACUUUGCUGUGUGGGCGGCUUCUGACGAAGCUCGAUUCCUGCAUGGUCGCUUCGUCUGGGCUGCCUGGGAUGUUGAUGAACUGAGAACGGGUGAGAUCAAGAAGAACAUCGAUAAUAACCCAGAGUUUCUCCAGGUUGGCAUCGUCGGACUGCAACAGUGA